AUUUCUUAACGUACUUCGCAGUUGUAUAGUUGCGGUUUUAAAAUGAAUGCACGAGUGGUGAAACGGAUUUAAAUGUAACACCAAGAUUUCUUACAUGUUUCUAAAUUACAUGGUGUCAUAGAUACUCUAUUAAAUGAUAUUUUGGGUAUACGGGCUACAAGCUGGUAAUAAUCAUUGUCGUAGAAACGUGACGGAAUCAUUGAAAUUUGGCGGUAACAUAACCUUAUGGUGACCUUAGCGAAAGGAGAUAUAAAUGAUUUUUUCCCAUUCAUUGUGCUUUAAUAUUGUCUCCGAAAAAUGAAAGAGUUGGAAGAAGUGAAUUGUGAAAUUCACAACGUUAUAGAUAUCCAGCAUACAUUCUUGUCAAGAUCCAAUAAUGCAGAAGGAGAUGACAGUGGACCUUCUAAUGGUUCACAAUUAUAUAGUGCUAUCGAUAACCACUGCGGAGGUUUUCUAAGCGAUGCCAAAUAUGCUUGGUUAAGCUACGGCUCUCAUAUAAUAAUUUUUAAUGCAAGGACUGGUGAGAGUAUCAGCUCAUGGGCAUUUCGAGGAAAGAUCACUUGUGCAUGUCAAUUUCCAGCACAGCCUGGAGAGUUACCAUUGCUUCUAGUUGGUUUAGAUAACGAUGCCACUAGAAUUAAAGAUUCUGUAGGCUUGGUGUGCAUCUUUGACUGCAGUACCUCCCGUGUUCUGAGAGCUAUAAAAAUGCCAGUGGGAGUUGAACAGGUUUGCAUCGUAUCUGGUGGUACAGAAUGGGAAGAAUUCAAUGAAAAAAGACCAGAUAAUUUUCUAAUGCAAAUGGAUGGGAUAGCUUGCAUAAUAUUACGCAAUCUUCAUCAUCUCAUGAUCGAUCUUCAAAGAUCCACUUGGGAAGCACCAGAUGAUUUGUCUCUUCUCAUGGAUGAGACUUCUCCGGCUGAGAUAGAGUUUCUAACGUCGAAAGAUUCUCUUCACAGGAAUCAGUUGAAUAAAAGCAAACACAUGGUUUGCAACUUAAUGAAUCAGCGCAUUGAAAAACACAUUGGAUUCAAUCGGGAAGAAUUCGAAUCGACCGGUUUCCUGGAUGAACGAUUAACAAACUCCAUCGUCAGUUCCACGAAAAUUGGUUGCUUGAUAUCUGGAUGUUUAGGCAGAGUCAUAAUAUGGCAGAACGAUGGUUCUGUAGGCUGGAUAAGUUUACCGGUGGACGAAACUAUGAUUGUAACGCACUUAACGUUGUUAGAACCAGCCGACGAUCCCAGACCUUUCUACUAUUUAUGGGUCGUUUUUCAAGAUGAAUCGUUUAAGGUGCCUCCUCUCUUGAGAAUGUACGCGUUGUUGUUCGAGCGGAAAUACUACGACAGAGGAACAAAUUUGUAUUUCAACCUAGAAGCAGAACCAAGCCUUAAAUUCGAAUUGGAAUUGGAUGCAAACGACAGAGUGGUCAAUCUAUCAGCCAUCGAAAGAGAAAUAAAUCUAGAUCAAAUGGAGCCAGAGUCCAAACGGGGAGAAGACAGUUUAUUAUUGAUUUCCAGUACCAAUCGGGCAUUGUUGUUUGACUUGAAUCAGUGGUACAAAGAGCAGAUGCCUCGAACCAUUAGCGAAUGCAAGAAUCCCAACAGUGUAUUGGCCAGCUAUAACACUAAAGUUCGGCCGGCUAAUAUAACGAAUAACGGCAUAGUUAAUUGCACUUACGUUCCUCGCACUCUGCAAGAGUUUCCAAACAACAAAUUAAGUUCAUCGGAGGAACUGUUCUAUCCAAACUCCCUAGCACUGGAGUGGAUAGAACUGGGUUUAUCGAAGCUAAUAUUUUGGUUGUCUCGUGGUGUUCAAGCCGAGUUGCUCCACGAAAUGGCUCUUGCUGGUCCGAUUAUGUUGACUGAACCCUCUGAAAUGUUUCACAAGUGCCUUUCUGUUGGUCUGGUACCAUUCAACACAGAGGUGUCCUUCUCGAGUGACCAUAACGCCCAACGGGACAUGCUGCUGUCCCUCUGUUUAGAACAGCAUUGGGCAACCUUUUUAAUAAGGUGUGCCAAGGAAUGGUCAGAUGGAAGCGCAGCGUACAUGUAUCCAAGCUUCUUGAAGUGGGGUAUACAACGUGCAGCUACGAUCAAGACGAUCGGUGAUCAUCUGUGCGUGCCUCUGUUCGACCAGUCCGGUAACAACAUUGGAGAGUCUGAGCUAAAAACGCUGAGAUUUUGCUAUCAGCAGCUGGAAUGUUUGUCGAAUGUGGUGUCAAAGCUGCCGCUAGAAACCAGUAGCUUAGUUAAGCAACGAAAAGCACUGAAACGUGUGUCGAUAUUUUUCCAGGUACUUCUCUGGUUCUAUGAUGCAGGCUUGUUGCCUGAAACGCAAGAUAUGGAAACACCGAUGUCUGCAGCAUUGAAGAUACCUUACCCCUAUGAAAAAUUGUAUAGCCUGUACAAAGAGAAGAGGGAGUCUGUCGUGAACGAUAAACAAGAUAGCGAGGACAAAGAGGUGCUCUUCAUUGAUGAACUGAUAAUGCGGGAAUGUCCUGCUUUGAGUUCGCAAUGGAAAAGGGAAUCCGGAGACUUGUCUGCGAAUGGUUAUUACCCUCCUCCAUCGUUGCAGUCUUUAUUAAGAAGUUAUCUAACAGACUGUGACCAAGCAGAGGCAGAUAAGCUGGAAUGCAAGCAUCAGAUCACCAUUUAUCUUCUAAUGGAUUUGGCCCUGUUAUUGCAAGGCUCUUAUGCCGGCGUGGAUCAAUUGAUCAAGUACCCUUCUUCGUUCAAAAUGAGCUCUAGCAUUAUAAAGUUGACACAAGCGUUUUGGUUUCUGGACCAUGAGGACUACCAUGGAUUCCUAGACAUGAUGACCGGACAGUUGAUCUUUGACUCCGAUGUCAAAGACUGGCAUCACAAGCUCGUUCUGAGAACCCUAAUUAAAAACAAUCAACACAAAUUGGCUCUGAUGUAUUUGCGCAUAAAAAAGCCUCCUUUAUCGUCUGUUCAGGAUCAGAGCACAUUGAUUGGUUUAUCGGUGGAGCAUGGUCUGGUUCAAUCAGCCUUUCAUCACAGACCACAGUCCCAUUAUGCUCAACUACUAAUGUGUUUCUUUCAGUCAUGCAAAGCUUACAACAAACUCGCCGAUAUUUUACACCUGGCUUUGGAUACAGAGGAAGAAGAGAUGUUUGUCAAGUUCCUAGAAGAAAGCAAGUCCGAGGACAUAAGAUUGCUGUAUUAUCUGCAACGCUGUCGGUAUAUGGAAGCGAACAGCGGCAAUUUUGCUGUUCGAUUCAGUCCUACAGCUUCCAGAAAUGAUCAUAUGGACAUGUUGAAUGCUUACAAUGCAACUUUGCCCAACAUAAUGAAGAAGUUUUCUAUGAGUAUGGGUAAAGCUAGCUCAGACGUCAGCUCGGAGCCAAAGUAUCCAAGGCCAAUGACAUACAACAAGAAUUUUCAACGAGUUACGAACAUUUAUGAGACAGUCAUCAAGAAGGCAAAGGAGACCUUUCACAGGGAAGAGAAAGCUGCGAUUCCUUUUAUCACUGCUCCAUGCACCACACUGAAGCCAAACGACAUGCACGUUAACAUGAACUGUGUUAUGUCACCAAAAAUCGUACAGACACAUAGGAAACGCACCUUGGAUGAGGUGCAGACCGAAGAGGAUACUGAGAUCAGAACACAGGAGAAGAUAAAGCGUAGAAAACUGCUGGACGAUGGAGAAGCAGUCAUAAGCGCAGCCUUUAGCACUCCAUUGGUGAAGCGGAAGGUGUCUCUUAUGGACACCCGUGUCGAGACCCCUCAUUCCAUCUUGAAAAUCAGACAGCUUGUACGAAACUCGACAUCUUCGGAGCCGAGUCUUAGUCCCAUAAACGUUGACGUCACCGAUAGCCUGGUGUCUGAUAAAGAGAAGAAGAUCAACAGACAAAUACGGUUCAACAUCUCCCACACGAAAAAGAUUAUACCAGUGGAUGAGGUCAGCGUUAAGGACAAUUUGUCUGACAUAAAUGCUUCUGAGAAGAACGAGGAGGUAUUCUUCGGCUCGUUAGAGUCCAAGAAAUCCCUUAUGGAGAGCGCAGUAUUAUCGGACACCAGCAUGUUGACUGCUAGUCCCAGACCAAGCAUCAGGAGAUCUCACCUGCAAACCUCUACAGACUCGAUUCAGGACCUGAAGAGCCUACUGGAAGAUUUCAACACAACUUCGCCGAAAGUUACAUUAGAAACACAUGGAAGAAGUAUUUCAAGGUUCUCUGCUUCUAUUUAUUCAUCUGCUGUGCUCUCACCCGACAGCAGCUUCGAGAUAAGGCAACCUCUGGGAAGAUCCAGUACAAUCCCUACGCAACUGGCAACCACGUCCAACUGCGCCAAUGCGUCCAUUGUUUCUAACUCCCUGGAGCAAGAGCGAUUAUACCAGAACAGCGAAGAAGCGAUGAACAUCGAUGACGAAGAGGAACUAGAAGAAGAAGAAGAGGAUGCUAUCUUGGACACGUCGUCAUACAUGCAGACCAUGUCUCCGGUUUUACCAAAAUCUAAUCACUUGAGGUUCAAGGACAGCAACGUAUUGAACAAACAUAAAAAUGGAAACAUUUCUAAAGACCUGGCAGAGCAGAAGAUGAAUGUUAGCUACACCGAGGAUAAAGGAGAUGACUAUGAGUUUGAAAGCUUCCCUAACGUGAAGGAAAACAGUUCUUUGCAAUCUGAUAACAGGGGACGACGCUCUUGGUCGCGUAUGUCCCACGACGUCGGCAACAAUGUGCAAGAGCACGUAGAUCUGAAGAACGGUGGACACUUCGACAUCACCGACGACGAGUCCUCUAACUGUGCCGAAGAGAUGGUUCUAGCUCUUGAAGACACCUCUGACGCAAUGGAGAAGCAGUCUAGAACGGCGCAAGUCUGCAGAGGCAAUGAAUACGACGCGAACAUCACCGACGACGAAUCUGAUGCCAGUGUUCAAGCAGACCCUAGGAAAGGUGUUGAAGAGUCGGUGCUCCUCGAUAAUAAUAAUUCUACAGCUGCAGCAACAAUAGAUAAAGUAGAAUCUGAUGACUCUGAUGAAGAGCCCUCUCUGGCCAUCGAUAACGUCGCACCAAGGAUGACUAGAUCCAGAAGAGCCUCCUCGAUAACGAAGGAAAUAAGAUCGUCCGUGAUUAAUUCUCCUACGAAGACAGCUCCAAGGACUCCUACAAGAGCAAGAAGAGCAAGUUCGUUGAUGAAGGAGGUGCUGAUUGCAUCCAUUACCACUGCAGAGGAAGGCAUCAAGCGUACAGGGUCUUCAGGGUCAGAAGAAUCGUUGGGCACCUCUUCUCCAAAUAAAUUAAGGGGGAGAAGAGCUUCAUUGAUUGUGAAGGAUAUCUCUUGCAUGGAGGAACAAGGAGAACGAGAUGCAACGGGUUCUACACCGAAAAAGGUAAGAGGUAGGAGAGGGUCGUCUGUGGUAAAGGACCUUCCUCUUAUGGAGGAUCAAGGGGAAGAAGAUGCAGGAGUUUCUACACCAAAGAAAACAAGGAUUAGACGAGCAUCUUCAGUGGCAAAGGACCUUAGCUUCGUGGAGGAUCAAGGGAAAGAAUACGUAGGGAUUUCCACGCCAGGGAAGACCAGGGGUAGAAGAGCGUCUUCAGUAGCAAAGGAUCUUUCCUUUAUAGAGGAUCAAAGGGUAGAAGAUGAAGGGUUUUCUACCCCAAGGAAAACAAGGGGUGGAAGAGCGUCUUCGAUAGCAAAGGAUGUUUCUCCUACUGGGAAACAAGUGGAAGAAGUUUCGCCAAGUACGCCAAGGAAAACGAGGGUUAAAAAAGCGUCGUUAAUAGCGAAGAAUACUCUUCUUGCAGAAGAAGAAAGGGAAGAAGAUUCCUCACGGUCUCCUUCAUUGAGAAAGACUAAAGCUAGAAGAGCGUCGUCCAUAGCAAAGGACGUUCAUCCUGUGGGGAAAGAAGUUGAAGAAGAGCCAUCGAACACACCAAGAAAAACCAGGGGCAAAAGAGCCUCGUCCGUAGCAAAGGACGUUUAUCCCACGGAGGAGGAAUAUGAGGAGGACUCUUCAGGCACUUCUCCGGCAAGGAAAACUAGAGGCAAAAAAGCAACCUCCAAAGAUGUUUCUCCUACCGAUGAAGUGGAAGAAUCCAAAGCUCCAGUGAGGAGGAACACAAGACGAGCAGCGUCUGUGCAGAAAGAAGUACCAGAGACGUCGAAGUUCAGCAGGGCUUCAUCCUCCUCGAGCAUAGCAGUUGAGAAUGAGGAGAAGAAGUCACAGUUGGAGACUAAAAGCUCGAAGACAAAGGGUCCAAGUGCAGGUAGCAGAUCGUUACGGUCAGAGAAGGAAUUGAAGACAAACGAAGAAGCAACUGAAGAAAAGAGCACUGCUAUUAUGUCGACCAGAAGACGUGCUGGUUCUGUGCCCAAGGAAACAGUGGACACCAUCAGGACUCGUAGAGCGAAUAGCGUUGUGAAAGACAUCAUCCCAGAGGAAGACUCUGAGUCUUCAUUGGUAAUGGCAAGAAAAAAGCAUACAAUGAUGGCUAGUGUAAGCAGUCCAAUUGGAAAUGCCAGAAAUCGAAGAUCAUCGAUACAGUCGAUACCUGAAGAAUUAGAAGAAAUACUAAGUGUACCAUUGAAGGAGAGAAUAUCGGUUGCAAGCAACAAGGAACAGACUACGCAAUUCCCUAGACAAAGAAGAGCUGCGAGCGUCGAAAUUUCACAGGCAGACACAAUUAAAAGAACUAGGAGUACCCGCAAUAAAGGCAUAAUACUCAAACAGACUAUAGCUGAAGAAGAAGUGACGGACGUGGAGGUUCAAGUAGAUGCAAAAGCUGCGAACGUUAAAAAAACUAUGGCGAAGGGGAAGGAUAUCUCGGUGGAUGCUGGUACCAAAGAGACUAUCGAAGUCACCCCAAAACUAAGGAAGGUUACCCGAAGGCUGAGCGCCAAGCAAGAUGCUAAUGAACAGUUCUCGUUUUCUCAACCGGACAAGACAAAUGAUCCACCAUUGGAUCAGAAAGCUAUUAAAGAAGUGCCCAAUUACGUGUUUUCUCCGCCUCAUACCAGGUCGAAGACCAUAAUACCUGAUAAUCGUAUAUUAAACAGCUUUAUUCCCAUAAUGAGUGAGGAUGAAUCAGAAGAGGAAGAAUUACAGCAUAUUGUACAGAGAAAGUCACAGUUUAAAACCACGGGUAAUUGAGUUCGGGUUUUUGUAAAUCAUUGUAAAACAAAAUUUUUCUUGCCUGAAAGAUCAAAUAGCACGUCGAAUUAAAAGCAUUUCAUUUUUAAUCAGUUCUCCAACUUUAAUUGGACUAUGCACCGUCAUAUUUAUAAUGGUUAAAAAUUAUGAAUAUUUCUUCCUGUAAUAAUAAUCUCUUUUUUAAAUGA